UCUGGUUGAGAAGACUUGGUGUUUAUCGUAUCGUCUGCUGUUCUGUCGACUUGAUUGCCGCAGUUUUGUAAUUGUAUUGUAAAAGAAAAGUAUUCAGAAGAAGAGAGAGUGCCUUGAGUAGCGAUGCUAACUAAUUAAGUAUCUUUAGGAAUGAAUAUUCUCUGGCAUGUGUUAAUAUUUUGAUUGCUAGUACGAGACGUUAAAUGAAUCCUAACCUAUUGGGGUGCACGUGAAAAUGUCUACUUUGUUGUUGAGAAGUUUCGUUGGGCUACAAAAUUGUUCUCGACAGUUUCUAACGAAGGGAAGAUGGAUAACUAUGACGAGUAUAUUACGAAGUGAAGUUUCCGAGAAACCCAUCCUGAAAAGGAAACCUGGAAUUAAGCUUAAAUCUCCAGUGACAUGGACAAGUCUUGCCAUUUCGUCUGUCCUUGGCGGCGGUCUGUUGAUAUUUAUGUAUUACUUAAAGCAGCAAAAAGAGAUAGCUUUGAUGAAGGAAAGAAAACGUCAAUUGGGUAAAGCUAAAAUCGGCGGACUAUUCGAGCUGGUCGAUACGGAAGGGAAACUAGUUUCAUCCGAUGAUUUAAAAGGAACUUGGCUUAUGAUCUAUUUCGGGUUUACGCACUGUCCGGAUGUUUGUCCCGAUGAGUUGGAAAAGCUGACCAAAGUUGUCGAUAAGCUUGAAAAGGAAUUUAAAGUAAAAGUUCAACCAGUAUUUAUAAGCGUGGAUCCUGUGAGAGACACUCCUUCUGUGGUUAAAAAAUAUCUGCAAGAAUUUUCUGAUAAAUUUAUUGGUCUUAGUGGGACUAACGAGCAAGUUGCAAAGGCAUGCAAAGCUUACAGAGUAUAUUACAGCAAUGGUCCUAAGGAUCAAGACGAAGAUUACAUUGUCGAUCAUACUAUCAUCAUUUAUCUAGUUGACCCUGACGGUGACUUUGUUGAUUACUAUGGGCAGACUCACGAUGCCGAGCAAAUUACUAAUAGUAUCGUAUCGAGUAUUAUGAAAUACAGCAGAUUAAAAAAUGAAAAUUGGUUGCCAGCCUUUAUGAAUAAACAAUGGCAAAAUGCUUAGCGAUAAAGAAUUGGAACGUGCACCGAUGCUUGGUCUGUAAAUGUAUACAGUCAUAUAAAAAUAGUUUUGUAUUCUUUCGUAAGGUUUCAGUCCCUCGUAAAGAAUGAGAUUUGCCUGCUUUGCUGGCUCGAAUAAAAUAAUAUUCAAUCUUACGUUGGAGGUGGGUUUAAUUCUGUUCGUUGGUGGGAUGACAGUUCUUUUUUCUCUAAAAUAAAUUCAUAAAUAGUGUGGUGGAAGGUCAUAGAAAUAGGAUAAAAACUUUGUAUGCGAAAUUUUCUUAACCUUACUUUUGUAUUACAGAAAUUAUUCGUAUCGUCUUUAAUGUUCUACAUUAAAUCGCAGAUUUUAACCC